AUGCAGGAGAAAUGCGUCAACAAUCAUAACCUUGGCGCGUUUUCUGACACCUGCGCGGCCGCCUCGAACAAAUUUUUAAAUGGACAUUCGGUCCCGGUAUUUGCAAACCUCUUUUCGCUGGCGAAUCGACACGCGGUAUUCGCUAAUGGCGGAUUCGUUCGAAUUGGCAUCGAGCGACGAGGUCCCUGCUAUUACAAGAACACCACCGAAUGUCGGGGAAUCCGCGGAUUCGAAUGGCUCGAUCCGAGCGUGUCGGGAAAAGCGGCGAUGAUGUUCCGCAAAGGCCAACCCGACUAUUAUCAUUUGCAGCAGCACUACGUCGUGAUGAUGACAAAGGAUAUUAGACAGAAGAAGGAAAAAUGGGAGGCAGGCGAUAUGGAGGAUAUUGAAGAAACAUAUACUAGGGAUCCUGUGAGGCCGGCGAAAACGAUUCGAGGCUACGCUUGCAGUAUUCAAGCACUCACAUGUCUUUAA